GGCCAGUGGCGUUGCCAGGGGGUGGCAGACCGGUCACGUCCUCCCACCUCAGUAAACUAAGCCGCUCAUGUCUUUUGCGGAUUCAGCUGGAUGAAGCAACCGGACGUAACCGUACGUUAACACCAAUCUGCGAGGAAAUCACGUACGUGUACGUGGCAAGUGUACGUGAUGUCACUUACACUUGCCAUGCCUAUAAUAGCCUCUGUAUUUUAUUCAACCUGAGUUGUCUUUCCCUUCCACAACCACCACCAAACAAAUGUUUAUGUCGUUUCUGGAUUAUAUAGUUUCUUUUUAUAUUUUUGCUUACCGGCUCCCAGACAAGAUCUUAAAUAUUCAUUAAAUAUUAUAUUAAAUAGUAAACAGCAGAACACCUGCAUUAUUUUAUAUAAAAAAAUUCAGCUUCAACAAAGAGCGCAGGUAUAUAUUAAAAAAAAAUAGAUGUCUUCACUUUCGCAUUUGGCGCCUUGCGCUUUCUAUCGGCUAAGAGCUGAGAGCCUCGAGGCCAACGCAGCCAAGGUCUGAAUUCGUCUGAAUGAUUGCGCACAUACCUCCUUUCUUCAUAAGCACUUCCCAUAUUUGCCGUAACUGCUCACAUAACAAUAAACUCUUUGUUUUUCAAUAUAUACGGCCUAUAACGAACUGUGCACCGGCAACAGAUAAUUUUUUUCCGCGCUGUGUCCGCGUCUUGCCUCUGUCUCUCGUCCCUUCUCGUGCACUAAAAACAUCAAUUUUUUUUAGUUAACCUUUCCUUUCCUGUUUCUUAUUUAUUUAUUUAUUUGUCUUUCUUCCUUUCCCUUUUUUUUUUUUUUUUCGGACAGAGACGUUUCUUGAGCUCCAGCCACUCUAGCUAGGCGUUGCUCUAGCAGACGACGCGCGCCGCCAUGGUGCGCGAGAGCCGCAUCGAGAUUCCACGGUAUGUUGCGAGAGUUGUUCCCCUCAAGCCUCCUCGCUCUCCUGCCUCCUUGCUCACUCGCUUCUUGCCGGAGGAGGCCAGUGUCGGUCGGCCGCAUGUGUUCCUUGUUUGUGUGGCUCGCUCGCGCGUAGGAUAUUUUUUCAGUGUGCGUUCGUCGUGCUUUUUGGCUGCGUCUGCCUUUGAAGCGUUUGAUGCUGCAUUGCAUGAGUGUGCGUGUGUGUUCCUAUUUCCUUUGUGCCUGUGUUGCGGCAGAAACAGCAGCGCCGAAGCGCCCGGAUACUCCGAGCCGCUCGUGCCCGUACUCACCGCAAGACCUCGCGUUCUGCCGUUUUCUACCGUCGUACCUACGACUUCUGCAGUAUUAGGUACCCACCUUCUAUGGAAUAGCUCGUAUCAACGCCUGGAUGCACAAUUAAGAUGUUCCUGAGGCUACUAUGUUGCUGACGUCACCAGAAGGCUUGUGACGAUGGCGUCUGUAAGAUUGCUCAAUUCGUCGGACCUCUACAGCUCACCGCACCACCUCAACGGCAGUUACCACGGCACCGCCUCGAACGAACGCUCGAGGACGCCCAAGAAUGACCUGGAGGUGAUCGAGACGAGCCACGCGGUUCGGCUGCAGCAGGAGAAGCCGCACCUGGUGAGCCUCGGCGGAGGAAGGCUCAGCACGUCCGUCACCAUACACCCGCUCCCUGAAGGAAAGACAAGAAUAGGAAGGAAUGAUGCUCCAGUACUACAGGACAUUGUGGUUCACGGGCCAGCUGUUGAGGCUGAACAUUGUUACAUCCAGAAUGAAUCUGGAAAAGUUACCCUGCAUCCCCUCGGAAAACUGAUAUCCAUAGAUGGAAUGGCAAUUACCGAGCCAUCCAGGCUACAUCAGGUUGUUCCAUGUUUCUGUUCCACGUCUCCGAAUGAGGAAGACAACUGCUGCAUGAUUUGCAUCGGAAGGUCAAACUUUUUUCGCUUUAACCAUCCUGAGGAAGCCGAGUGUCUCAAGAAAGACCCUCUCCCAAAUGCGAGGCUACCACCCAUGUCUAAUAGCUUUCGUCCAGUAACGGAACCUCCUGUCCGUUUUGUGGGCAAUCCUGGUGCACCUUCCCCAGCUUCAUUUGACAUGGACAACAGUGUCGAUUUUGUCGAGAAGGUCUCAAAAUUCGAGUUCCUCGCCCACAACCGGUCACCACCGGUCGCCUCAUCUGAGAGUCCUCGCUGGUUUGUUCGGGAUGGGAUUAGGGUGUCGGCAUCACCUCCUUCACGAGCUUGCGAGCAGUCGCCUUCCCUGCGGGGCCCUCCGAGCAAGCCAGCUCCUCGCUUCACCCCAACACCUCCCCUGUCAUCCUCGCCCAAGUCACCAAAGUCUCCACGGGUGAGCGCGUUGUCUGGCCGGGCGAGCCCCUUGGUGGCCGGUGGCCGCUGCACCCCCACAUCGCCACGCCUGGGCCACCGUGUAGCCAGCCAUGAGGACAUACGGGCCUGUGAGGUGGAGUUGACUCAACAGCAUCGCAGGGCAGUAGCUGAGCGCUUGCGAGACCAGGAGCAGGAGCGUCAGGAGCGCCAGCGCCUUGAGGAGAUCCUCUCACUAUGUGCCGAGUAUGAGCGCAAAGUGCAGGCCGCAGGUCCCAAGGACAAGAAGCUGCAGAGAAGCCCCCCCUCCUCAGACUCCGGUACCGAGGAUGUCACCUCGCCACCGGGCUCUGGAAGCGAGUCUUCUUCAGCUCCCGACGACACUAGCAAGACAUCUGAGUCCUCCAGUGGGAGUGGCGUCUCGGCCGAAGACGACAAGCCGGGGCUACAGCGCAACGACACUGUCAUUCGUCGGCCUGGUGGUAAGCAGCUGCCAGAGUGCCCUACUGUCGUCAAGCCUGUCCCGGUUCUGGCAGCAAGGCCGGUUCCCGCCCCUCGGUCUCAGAGCAGCCUCUCUGAAGCAGUGCACAAGUCGCCGGAGUGCAAAGCGCUGCCACCGCCUCCUCCUCCUCCCGCAGAAGAAGGGGUAACAGUGGGAGCAGCGGCUAUUUCUGGGAUAGGCACGUCCCCUCCGGGACCAGUCCUGGUCCACCACCAAAACCGCAUCAAGACCAAUGGCUCUCUAGCUCCCACUGAGGUGGAUGGGAAGAGAGUCAACCGCAUGCUGGCAGAUGGGAAUGUCCUGUCGGAUGGGAUGCUUGCUGUGGCCCCCAAGAAAGUGAAUGUCACCUCGUCGGAGGAUGAACUGUCAAACAUCCUUGGUGGAGGAGGAUCGAGGGGUCUGUCCAACCACGCAGGCUCCGGCUUGUCAAGCCCGCGAUCUGAUGGUACCGCCUUGGCUGGUGAGAAGACGCCAGUGCCUGCGUUGGCCUAUCCACAAUCUCCACGCACCCGCAUCCGCACUGUGGCGACGCUAGAACGCUCGCCUGAAGUCUUUGAGAAUCCCCUUGCUUGGAAGGAGCUGGCUUCAGCUCAUGGUGGGAAGGCCCUGACACCUCCUGCUACCAUUGUGCCACCCAUCUUUGAAGACAUACCAGUUCUUAAAGAUUUGCCACAGCAACACUCACUCCCAAGGAAGCUGCCUGAGCGUGGAGGUUCCCUCAACAUCCGCAAGGCUUCGGAAGAGUCCAGAGUUCCUCUGCGAAGGGUGAGGUCAAGCUCUGAUGACAUCAGUCUGUUAAAGAGGCAGCGUGAGGAUUCGUUCCAGCAAAUAGCGAAGCUCAAGAAGGACAUGUUCACUCUAGAAGCCCGGGCUAACGAAGGGAUGAGAGAGCUGGAGCUGGAACAUGCAUUGCUAACGGGUGAGCUGACUGAUGCUCAAGCUUGUCAGAAGUCAGACUUCGCUAUCCUAGAAGAGAUCCAGGAAGAAGAAAGACGACUCAGCCAACAGGCUGACUUAGAUCGGGAACAGGAGCAGCUGCAGCUGGAGGUGUCGCGCGGCCGCAUUGAGCAGUGGGAGCAGCUGACGCAGGAGCUGCAUGAGGUGCUCGAAGAGGCCGGGUCCCUGUCCCGCCGUCCCGAGUUGGAGGAGCGCUACCGGCGCGAGCUCGAGGGGCUUGACGGCGAAAGGAGGGCCUUUGAGGACCUCGAGUUCCGCCAGCUUGAGCGCCAGGCGCGCCGUGAGGAGGAGCGUGAGGCACUCGUGGCACGUGCUGACCGUGUUCGUCAGAACCUGCGUGACCGGCAGUUGAGAAUUCGCGAGCUCUUGGAGCAGCAGAAGACGGUGCAAAUGCAAAUCGAACAGGAGCGGUCCAGCUCUGAGAUUGAGAAAAAGCUUGUACAAACUCAGCUGCAGCAGGAACAACGGAGGCUGGAACUCUUGGACCAGCAGCUGAGGAAUGCUACUCGCACCCCACAGCACAUCUCUUUGGACUCCAGUGAUGACAGUAGCUCUUCCGAUACAGAAAUGGGUUCUACAUUGAAAAUAGGGAGCCAGAGCUCUUGGAACAAGAACAUCCUGCUCCAAGUACCAGAUGCUACAGUGAACAGGCUCAGUGGCAAUGAGUCAAGUUUUACUGGCAUCGAGUCAGAGUCUUCAAGCAUCAUCAGCAGCAGUGAUCUUCCCAACGAAAGCGUGAGCAGCAGCAGCGACGACCGGAGCCGACCUACCAGCGAACACGUGACCCAGGGCAUCGCACAGGUGCAUCAACAUGAGCGCAAUUUGCAGCUGAAUUCUGACGACCGUUCAGGGUUGGUAUCCCGUUCAGGUGAUGACGCCAUACAUCACGAGAUACGCCGGAGAGAAAAACAGAAGGCUCAGAGGCCACUGACACGGUACCUGCCUGUCCGUGGUGCUGAGUGCGACCUGCGGCAGCAUGUGGAGUCUGCGGGUCACCAGGUCGAGCUGUGCCCACAUGUGCAGCUCACGUCAUCCUCCUGCCGUGGCUAUCUGCACAAGCUGGGUGGCAAGUGGCGCUCGUGGAAGAAGCGCUGGUUUGUCUUUGACCGUAAUCGCCGGGCCCUCGUGUACUUCAGCGACAAGAGUGAAAGCAAGCUGAAAGGUGGUGUGCCAUUUCAGGCCAUUGAAGAGGUCUAUGUGGACCACUUACACUCUGUCAAGAGUCCCAAUCCACGUGUGACAUUCUGUGUCAAGACAUAUGAGCGCACCUUCCACCUAAUGGCGCCCACGGCUGAGGCCAUGCGUAUAUGGGUGGAUGUCAUCUUCACUGGUGCUGAAGGCUACCUUGAAUUCCUCAGUGAGGCCGACAUCGCGCCUGCUAGCCGUUCCAGGCACAAGUUCAAGGACUGAACAGUCUCCUUCACUUCAUUGGCCUUGGCAGUGCCAAGGCUGGAGUUCAAGGGUGUCACAGUGUGACAUGCAGAGGAGAUGCCUUGCCCGGUUAUCAUCUAUGACAACUGAAGCCAACGAAGUCCCAGGCUCCUUCUUCCAUAGAGGGAAAAUGUGACAGCUACCCCUUUUGUACUCUGCAUGAUACGCUUGUUCAGCCUCAAGGGAAGCCUACACCAACUAUAUUCGAACUUUGGCAAGGGACAAACCAGCCGACAGAGUGCUGCAUGGUGGCAGUCAUGAGCAAAGGAAGAAAAAUUGAGUGUUCGAUCUUCAGCGAUAGUUGGGCAAACUAGUCUCACAUCAUCAAAAGGAAAACCUGAGCAUUGAACUCGGUUUGUCUGCAGGAGCAUCUGUUGAUUACGUGAGUGUAAGUUUCCCUGUUGUAUACAUUGGCAGCAAUGUCCGUUGAUAUCAUGGAUGUGAAUUUUCUGUCAUGGCACUUGGUGUAAUUUUCAGAAGUUUUCAUGUUCAUAUUUCAGUGUAAAUCAUUUUGUUCUAUGUGUGCGUGUGUGUCUGUGUGUGUUUGUUUGCUUGUUUCUUUUGACUCUUUAAGUUGCUCUGUUUAUGACUUCGGUCAUCCCAUGCUAAGUGUCACUGAAUCAUUAUAAAGAACUACCACAAAAGUUAAAGCUAACCACAUUUUUGAGCUGCGCUCAAUCAAGGUGCGCAUUAUAUUUUGCUUAAGAUUUCAAGCAGCUUGCGUUUUAUUUGCUGCCUAUGCGAAUGUUGCAUUCUGUGAAGUAACUGUUCAAGAUUGAUAAUUUUUUCAGUUGCACUGUAUAGCUUAGCUCCCUUCCAACAUUCAUACAGUUCUCUUUCAUAAGUGCUCAUGACUUGUAGAAUGGUGUAUGAAACCACCGUAUCACAGAUAUCAGGCUCAUUAUAUUGUGUUGCUGCUUGUGCAUAUAAACAUAUCAAUUGGCAUUUUCUUACUAAAAUUUGAUUUUUGUUUAAUUAUGUGAUCGUCUCCCAAUAAGAUGAACCUCAAGGCAUGCUGAACAAACAAUUUGGUCGGCUGUCCAUAUGCUCAGUUUCAAACAAAAUUGAAGAACGUAAACAACUUUCACACUGUCAAAUCCGAUAAGUCUCCAGUGCAACAUACCAAAAUGGCUGGGGUUGCAAGAGCACCUUGUACUGUCAGUGCAUUGUUCUGAACUAAGUGAUAGUCAUCGAAAAAAAGCAAAAGUAGAAAAUGAAGCAAUUGUUUUCACCUUGAGGACAGUGACACUAUUCCACAUCUUGUCACAACAGGAGCAAGGAACAAUAGGACAAUGGCAAAAUGAUCAGGUCAUCAUGGAUUUGGUAGAGCAGUCGUAGCUAAGCUGAGAUAAGCAUAAAGGCCAAACUACAUGCACAUGUGCUGGCGCGCUAAAGCUCGCGCCCACAUGCCUUACGCAUGCGCAGGUGGUGUAGGGCAGAUUGUACGCACCGAAGCGCGGCGGGAGCGUAGAUAUCUUCUCCAGACAAAUAUCGGUGCUCUGGCUGCCUCGCAAAAAUACAAAAUAGCGUCUACUAAGGCGGAAAUGUGAGCCAAGCGCAUGCGUGCUGGGGCACGUCCUGUAGGUUCAAACCACCAUUCCUAGUGAGGCACAGCAAACGCAAGGCAUGUGGGUGCGAAAUUUCGCACUCAGGCAAGCGUACAUGUAGUUUGACCUUUAGUGUUUCGAAGUGAAAACAUAUGAGCUAGGACAGCUGCGUGUACACUAGUUUCGGAAACAGUCAGACUUGCAGUUCCUCUGGCUUGGGCUUUAUUUGCAUCUGAGCACACAUGUUGGGGACACUAAUCCAAUUCUUGAGACACAUUACAAGCUUUCUGAUAAUAAAAUUGAAGAGACUGUCUCAAAAAUUGCAGGAAAACAAAUAACUCCUUCACAGUGAAAGAAGUUUGGUGAUUUAGUGCAGCAAGACUGUGUUGCUACUGACCAGCUGCUGGUAUUAUGCCUGCUACAAAAUGUGCCGCACAUGGCUAUAGGUGGCAGGAACAGCAGUGAUAGUAUGGCGGCGCUACACUGAAGCACCAUAAUAGUGGUUAUGCUGGAAUUGUUUCCUUUGAAAGGAACUUUAGUACUUUAUUACUAGUGAUAACCAUGUGGACAAAACCAUAAGGUGUUGUGGAUUAUCUUAAGCCAAACUUUGGAUAAGCUGAACUAAGUUCGAUGGUCCCUUUGUGUUCACUUUAAUGGGAGACUACUGCGUAAUUUAUCACAAUGUCAGAGUUUUGAUUCGGCAAAAAGAAAAUUUUGUAGCAUUUCUUGCUUUUCCAUUUUGGUGCUUAAGCAGCUGAAUACAACAUUCGGCCCUUGCAACAAGUCACCAUAACUGUUAUACAGUUAUGAGUUACACUUUUUUACAUUCUUACUGAUGCACAUUUAUUUUGCAACAUCUGUGUUCUACAAAUGAGUGCCUUUCUGUUUUGUGAUGUUUACUCUCUUUUUCAACUUAUUUCAUCCAAGGUGUAUGCUGUACUUUCAUAGAUGUGGUUACGUACCACUUAUCAGUGUAGUAUUAGCAUCACAUCUUGCUGCCAUUUUCAUUAUAAGAUUCGAAUUGUCUAACGGCUACUGUACCGUUGCCUGUGUAUGUUAUCAUUUUCUAAACUGUGUGGUUUUUACUGUGGGCAUUUAUUGCUGCUAUUUUGCAUUGCUUAGAGUUGGAUAAAUAACCAGUUUUGCUUUGGAAAUGAAUCCAAAAUAAACUGAGAACCAUAAAUUUUAUUUAUGUUUACUUGUAUGUGCUGUACACCGUGCAGAGUUGCUUGUAUCUAAGUCAGAAGAAGUAUGACACUGACACUUUGCAGUUAUGUUUUGUCAUGUGGAAUAUGUGUAAUGAGGAGUCAUGCUAAGAAUCAUGACAUCAAUUCCCCCAAAGAGCUCUGCAUUGCAUUUCAUUAACAAAGCCAGCGAGCUUUAAACUUCAAUUUGUUUACAUCUUUACUGCUUACGCAAGGUAUGGUUAUGUAGCACUAUCAGAUCAUACAGUUAACUUUUCCAUCAUAAUAUAUUUCACUAUUGCUUCUUGGGCAUUACAUCCUUGCCAGAAAAUUAAGGCAGCUAAGACACAUGAACUUUUACAUAACAGGUCUCAAAGCAAAGUUGCUAAUUACGCAGUUUUUGCCACCCUUGCAGUUACACCAAGCUGAAUCUAUGACUAGAAAAGGAGUGCUUUCACCAUAAAAAUUUGAUGCAUUGUGGUAUAUAUUCUGCUAUGUGCCCUGUAGCAUUACAAUGUUGCUACAAGUGGCCCUUAUCUGACACUUCAAUACAUUGUUUCUGCACCUUGUCUUUCAAGCACUUCAGUCCACCUUUACUGAACUUGCUCUGUUUGGCUGUACAGCCCAGCAGCAUCACCAAAAAUGUUCAAGGUAGCUGCAAGACUCAUUAAAAGCAGUGUACUGACAGAUAGCCAAUGCUCACAUAUCAAGGAGGAGCAUUCGUUGUGGUCGCACAUGGCUGCCAACUGCUGUGUUAGUAGGAGCAUAGUCCUCUGCAGGCACACAGUAGCCUGGAGGAUAGCAGUGCAGCAAGAAGUUAUAAGCCGAGUGCAUGCAGUACACUGCAAUAUUAUGCUGGUAACCACAAUGUCUCGAAGCUGAUUCUACCAAUGGUAUCAUAACUGGUAGCUAGAAGAUUGAAUCUGGUUCAAAACUAUGAUACUAGCAUAGCAUAUUAUUCUAGACCAUAUAUUAUAGAUGACGAUUAGUUGCAAGGUGAUUGUUAAAAAAAUAAAGCUACCUAUUGGCAGCCUUUGGGAAUUUAUUCUGUUUUGCAGUUAUGGCAGCUUUUGUGUCUGCAUAAACCUAGGAGUGCUCACACAAGCAUUGCAUUACGCUAGAGUUCACACCAGGCAUCUGUGUAGCGCUGCUAGAGCACAGCAACUACUUCGUCCGUUUCAAGUGUUUGUUCAAUAUCUUAUACUGACACAAAGAACCCUAUGAAAAAUAUUUUCUGGUGCUGUAUUCCUGCUCUCUAUAUUGCUUUGUGAAUUGCGGUCAGCUAAGCAAGGCCUGUCAGCACACAACUUCACUUGGCGAACAUGCCAUGUGAGUGCAAAGCAGUGGGUGCUCAAAAUUUGUUUACGAGUUAUUCGGACACGACUGUCACAAUUCCAUGAAUAUGUUGCAUAGGGCUGUAAGUUCUUUUUUUUUUUUUUUUUUUGCAAGUUGUGUGAGCAGGUUGGCAUUGUGCGAGAGCCCCCUUAAUACCUACUGCAUACAUCUAAGUCAGAAAAGUGUACAGUACAUCUACUUGCUUUGUCUAUUAGUGGUACAUGUUUAACGGUAGUCAGUGUUUUUUAUUGUUCCUUUGAUCACAAAUGUCAGUUGAUAAUUAGCUUUGUAGAUAGCUUCACAAUGUGGAAACUUAAAAACAGCACUCGAGAUUCAUUGACAAACAUCAACAAAUAGUUUUGGUUUGCUACGUUUGUAAUUGUGAAUCACUGUUUUGUCGGCAUUCUUGGGUCCAGACAUUUAACAUUGUUUUUUGUGUAGUACUUCUAUGUGUUUUUGCCCAUUAAUCAACCUUCAUGAAUCCCUUUCAUGCAGCAGUUAGUGUUGCAGAAAUUUGCACUUUUGAAUCUGGGUGGCACACCUGUGCCCUUAUACAAAGGAGAACACCUUUGAAGUUGUGUUACCACUAAAAAAGCAGUGCAUUAAAGACGUUCAUCUGUGCCAGUCUCAUGCCUUGUCAGCAUGAAACUGCGCCACUUCCAUUACUCUUUAAUGCUGUGCAGUGCUCCAUGAAGUGCAUUUGUACAUCUUUGUGCAUUGUUCCUUUCGUUGUAACAAAGCCUGUAAUGCUUUAUAUCACCAUGUUUACUAUGUGAGAACAUGCUUACAUUCAAUAUGUGCAUGUGACUGAAUGAUUGGUUUGUGUAAUUUUGUGUUCGCAACCUUUCUGCAUUGCCAUUCACUGCAAAGAACUGGCAUUCCUUCCCUUUAAUUUUUUGUUCUUUGUUCUCAGCUUGAGCAGUGAAGCUAGAGCGGUAUUUUCAUGGCAAAUGUAAAGCAAUUAAACCAGCAGCGGUUGAGUUGCCAUGACUACUGCUCCCUGGCUGAUACAGUGCCAGAUAGCAACAUGUGUGCCUUGAGGUCAAUCUUUUUGUUAUUCCAGACCAAUUUGUCCUGUGGUAAAGCAUUUAAGGUGGCAGUAAUAGAGACUUUUAGCUCAGCGGGUUUACGUUUCGCUCCGCUCACGGUCUCCACCGUUGCGCCAGCGGAGCGGCUCGCGAAAAAAAGAGUUUUAGCCCGGCGGAUCACUCACCCACUCGAGCGGGGUAAAGAGCGGGGCGCUCUGCUGCCCCACCUAGUGGUCCGAAUAGGAGUUACUGAGAAAUGAAUUUGAAUUACGCUUGCUUUAUUAUGCAAGAAAUGUUGAAUAAAGAUAUAUUACAUGUUCUCAGUACAUUAUUUGUUAAUAAUAUACUGAGUACUAAUGUACGGGUCAGCGCCGCAGUCGGCGUCGUCGAUGCAGAACUGCCGGCAUUCAUGUUCGCGGCUGCCAUCUUGCAUUUCCCAUACACGCCCGCGCGCGCUUACGCACGCUCGCGCGCUGCGUAUACCCUCCGCUGGGGAGUGCUUUCCAGCGGGCGUAAACGCUGCUCCGUAAAACCGCUGGCCGCCUCAGCGUGGAGCGCAUGCGCAGUCGCGUCUCCGCUCGCCCGCUCCGCUCCGCUGGCCGUAAAUCCGCUGGGCUAAAACUCUCUAAUGGCACUUUGAUAAGUUGAUUCCAGGCAUUUCUUUCUCGAAACCAACAAAUUUUGAUUGCCAGACUUGUAGACCUCAGUUGUAACAAACAAAAAAGAAAAAGGGAUUUUGUGUAAAAGCUACUUCUAUUAAUUGUAGGUUCAGCGUUUUGAUGCUUUAGGCUGCAGGAUGUUGCUUUGUGGCCAAAUCUGCCUCUGAGUGGGUAGUGCCUAAUGGUAAAGGAGACAUAUCUUUCUCUACUCUUACAGCAGCAUCCAAAGUGCUUUGCACAUGGGGCAGAAUUUGUAUAGUAUGCAUUAUUUGCAUGCAUGUUGCACCCAGGGAUCACAUAUACAUGCUUGUAUAAUGGUUCACCUUUGGGAUGGAAUCGAAGCCCAGGCCUUGUGCAUUCCCUUGAGUUUGCUGUUUACACAGCACUUGUCUCCUUGGCAUCAAAAAGCAUUGACUUAACAGGUGCUUAUGGCUGAAGGUAAGAGACCUCUGUGAAUGAUAGCAAGGCACUUGGCUGAUAAUUAUCAUCAUAUCACAUUUCACUACUUGUCUACUGUAACAUUUUGAUACAUUAUCAUAAAAGUGGCUGUUAAUAUUUGCUCUCCCUCUCAUGUGAGCUUUUGACUUUCUCAUGUGUGGACAAGUCUGCAGAACAUUUUAAGUAUAUACAUACAAACAUACCACUUUCAGUGUCUGUUCCUAAGAACGCAACAGUCCAGGUAAAUGCAGCAGGCAGAGUAUGUGGCCCAUUGAUGUACGAGCACCCACAUCUGCUAGCUAGCUCUCGAAUGUUGCAUCACAUGUAUGUGUAAUUGUUGUGCGCCCUUUGUGAACAGUAGAUUUUAGAGCAUAUUACACACUGUUUUAAACAGUUGCUUAGAACCACUCGGGUUUGCAGGUAACUGAAGGUGCCAUUGAUGCUAGACAUUUCUCUUUUUUCAAGAAAUUUAAGUCUAGUUAGCAAGUUGUGGUCACUUUUGUUUGUGUACCAUUGUGGUCCGCAUUGUUAACUUCUAAGUUCUCAGCUUGUCAGUGGCCAAGACAUAGUAGCCCAUAGCUUGCCUACUUUUAUUCGAAGUGUACGUGUCCUCACAUUGAUGUACCAUCCAAAAAGCUUUCUUUCAUUGAGCUGUAGUGUGGUUGAUCACACACAUUUGUUUUGUAGUAGUGCUGCACAUGAAAAUAAAACUUAAGAACUGGUU